AUGUCACGCUCACAACAGCCCUGUGAAGUGCAUAUUGUUGUCAGCACCCCUGUUUUCUAGAUGAAGACAUUGAGGCACAGAGAGGAUAAGUUACUUGUCUGGGCAGCCACAUAGCCAUAAGUGGCAGAGCAGGGUUGAAUCCCAGAGCCAUGGUUUCCUACCCCUACAGGCCACAUGGGGCUCAAGUCCCGGCUGUGGUGGGAUCUGGAGGUUGGCCAUCUUGCAGGACGACGAUGUGUGUGGGUGAUUCUACCCCACCUGUUGGCCUGGCCCAAGAGGCCCAAUUAAUUACCUGGUCUCCCCUCCUUACUCCUGCCCUAGCCCAUCUCCACACGGGUUUAUGAUUGUUGUCAUUAACAGACAUUAAUGACGUGGUGUGAGUUUCCUUGUACUUUGAAACGCCUUCCAAAGUGACUCUGGUCUCUGUUGGCCUUGGAAAUGCUGUUUACCCAUUUUACAGAUGAGGAUAGCUAAACCUUGGUCUGCAUUGCCAGCCAGAUACCCUUGGCCCUCACAGCUCUGGUUUUAUAAGUGUCCCUCUACCCAGUGUUCUUGCUGUCCCCCAAGAGGCAGGAGAGAGGCUGUGGCUGAGGGGACACUCCCCAUUGACACUCAGCCACCCACCUUAUGGCUGCUGCCUCCACCAGCCCUAGGCAGUGGAGGCGGGGGAAGGGGGCGGAUGAAAGGAGCCUUUGUGUCCCAUGCCAGAAAUCUCACUCCCAGGAAGAAAGGUGGGCAGGGUGGCAGGAGGCCUUGCAUUGCGUGUCUACAUAUACGGGGCAGGGCAUUGCUGGUACAGUGCUCCCCUCCAGGCUUGGCCCCCCUACCAAGUGGGGAGGGAGCUUUCCUCACUCUGCUCUUUCACAUCACAGCAUGGGCUGCUGCAGGGGCCCGGGUUGGGCUUGGGCCCUGAGGUCACAGAGCAGAUGGUCCCAAAUGGAGCACAGGAUGUGUGGUAUGUGCCGGGGCAGGCCAGAGCCCUCAAUUUCCUUGACUCCCGGCCAGAAAUGCUCAAGGGGGAGGGGUGGGGCAGAACCUGCCUGGAUGUGAAGAAGCAUGAGCCCCCUCCCCACUUUUCCUCCCUUGCAGGAGUAGCCCCUGUCCACCUCCAGCCCAGGACCCGGCCCCCCAAGUUCUGAGUCCACCCGCUCUUAUGCAUCUGUGAUCAGAAUCAGGCCUCCUCACCUCUCCGAGCCCCAGCUUCCACAUCUACGAGCUGGCUAUGAAGAGCUGGGUCUGCGUCAUCCUCCCAGGUGACUGGGGUGAGCAGGGACAUCUGGGCUCUUUUCUUGGUCAUGCUGAACGCCCUGAAGGGACCUGGCCCUGAGAUUGUCCCUGAGGGUGUCCUGAGCCCUGGUGACAGGCAGGCAAGGGUUAAGAGGUAUGGGCUGGCCCAGGCCCUGGCCAGGUAGGCUGGGCUAUUGCCUAGUGGGAGGCGGCCUAGGCAUCCGCCACCGUGCUCACCACUCACUGCCACUACCAUCUGGAACAGGGCCUGAUUGAGACAACUAUUUUUUCUUGAGGUACCUGAGGCCACCCCACAGCACCUCUCCGGCGUUGGCAGGACUCCUGACUGCGGCCCAUGGGCCUCUGAGGAGGCGUCGUAAGUCCGCCUAGCUCCCCACGUGCUGUGCAUCCACUCAAUGGGAAGGGGACCAAGGCCUUGUCCAGCCAUCAGCCACAGCCUCUCCACAGCACCAGGAUGGAAGUCAAAGGUCAGCUGAUCAGCUCGCCCACCUUCAAUGCCUCAGCUGCCCUGUUCGGAGAGGCUGCCCCCCAGGUGAAGUCAGAGCGUUUGCGGGGGCUGCUUGACCGGCAGCGGGCCCUGCAGGAGGCCCUGAGCCUGAAACUUCAGGAGCUCCGCAAAGUGUGUCUGCAGGAGGCGGAGCUGACUGGCCAGCUGCCCCCCGAGUGCCCGUUGGAACCUGGGGAACGGCCCCAGCUGGUCCGCCGGCGGCCCCCUGCAGCCCGUGCAUACCCUCCAUCGCACCCCAACCCAGCACACCACUCCUUGUGCCCUGCUGAGGAGCUGGCUCUUGAGGCCCUGGAGCGGGAGGUGUCCGUGCAGCAGCAGAUUGCAGCCGCAGCCCGCCGCCUGGCCUUGGCCCCCGAGCUGAGCAUUGAGCAGCGCCGCCGCCGGCGCCAGGUGCAAGCAGAUGCGCUGCGGAGGCUGCACGAGCUGGAAGAACAACUGGGGGACCUCCGGGCCCGCCUCGGUCUCCCGGGGCUCCCCCCUCCACAGCCCCUGGCCCUGGCCCCGGCCCCGGGGGCUCUCAUCACCACCCAGGGAGUAUGCCUGGGCACACGCCUCGCCCAGCUCAGCCAAGAGGACGGAAUCCUGCACUCGGAGAGCAGCUCCCUCUCGGAGUCUGGGGCCAGCCAUGAUAAUGAGGAGCCCCGUGGCUGCUUCCCCCUGGCCGAGCGCCCCUCACCACCCAAGGCCUGGGACCAGCUGCGGGCCGUAUCUGGGGGCAGCCCUGAGCGGCGAACCCCAUGGAAGCCACCCCCAUCAGAUCUUUAUGGGGAUCUGAAGAGCCGGCGGAACUCUGUGGCCAGCCCCACCAGCCCCACACGCUCGCUGCCCAGGAGUGCCUCCAGUUUUGAGGGGCGAAGCGUGCCUGCUACCCCUGUCCUCACCCGGGGCGCUGGCCCCCAGCUCUGCAAACCGGAAGGCCUCCAUUCUCGCCAGUGGUCUGGCAGCCAGGACUCCCAGAUGGGCUUCCCCCGGGCAGACCCUGCCUCCGACCGUGCCUCCCUCUUCGCAGCCCGCACCCGUCGCAGCAACAGCUCUGAGGCCCUGCUUGUGGACCGGGCGGCCGGUGGGGGAGCUGGCUCCCCGCCUGCGCCCCUGGCUCCCCCUGCCGCUGGCCCCCCGGUCUGCAAGAGCAGCGAGGUGCUGUAUGAGCGCCCACAACCAACCCCUGCCUUCUCCUCCCGCACAGCUGGCCCCCCAGACCCUCCCCGGGCUGCCCGGCCCAGCUCAGCUGCCCCUGCCUCCCGUGGGGCUCCCCGGCUCCCACCUGUGUGCGGGGACUUCCUCUUGGACUACUCCCUGGACCGGGGCCUGCCCCGCAGCGCUGGUGGUGGGGCGGGCUGGGGGGAACUGCUGCCUGCAGCUGAGGUCCAAGGACCCCUCUCCCGCCGGGAUGGGCUCCUUGCCGUGCUCCCGGGCCCACCACCCGUGUACACAGCUGACGGCAGCAGCCCCCUCCUCCGCAGCAAGGACCCCCACUCCCGUGCCACCCGCACCAAGCCCUGUGGCCUAUCCCUGGAGGCCGCCGAGGGGCCCGAGGUGCAUCCAAGCCCUCUGCUGUGGAUGCCCCCCCCGACCCGUGUCCCCCCGGCUGGUGAGCGCAGUGGCCAUAAGAACCUCGCCCUGGAGGGGCUGCGGGACUGGUACAUCCGCAACUCGGGACUGGCUGCUGGGCCCCCGCGCCGGCCUGUGCUGCCCCACGUGGGCCCGCAGCACCCGCCCUUCCUCCAUGCCCGCUGCUAUGAGGUGGGCCAGCCGCUGUAUGGGGCCCCCAGCCAGGCGCCGCUCCCGCACUCGAGGAGUUUCACGGCACCCCCUGUCUCCGGCAGAUACUACGCGGACUUCCUGUACCCCUCGGAGCUGAGCUCUCGUUUAAGUGACCUGACGCUAGAGGGGGAGCAGUCUUCCAGCUCUGACCCCCAGACCCCGGGGACACUGGUCUGACCCCUUCUUGUUGUCCCAGGCACGACUUUGGUCUGGGGAACACACGGCUGACCUCGCUGAACCCCGGGGUGUGAUUGCUCAGUCCUGGGGGGGUGCCGACCUGAUCUUCCAAGGCCCCUGGCUCCUUGUGGACCCACGAAGGUGUCUGACUCCCUGCUUCCCCUCUUACGCUGUGCUGGGAACUGGGGCCCUCAGCCAGCUGAAAAAAGAGGGGAUGGUGUAAUGGGGGCUCCAGGCCCCUUCCUCCGUUUCUGUUUACACUUGUGAUUUAGGUAUUCACUGUCUUCCCCCAACACUAGACCUUUUAUGAAAGGGAAACUGUGAUCUCGUCCUGGUUGGGUUCAUUCCUAUCCCCAUGCCCAGCCUGUUCCAUUUAGGAACCCCCCCCCCAAAAAAAAACAAACCUGGACAAUAUAGGGUCUCAGGGCCCUGUUCGGGGCAGCCAGGAGACUGGUGUGAACAGAACUCCCUGCCAUCCCCCCACCAGGGUAGUUCUUGGGGAGGUGGGCUCUCUGCCCACAUUCGGAAGGACUGAAGUCUGGCUAGGGGGCUUGGGUUCAUUUUCCUACUCCCAGGUGUGCCCAAGGGAGCCCCAGUCCUUGUCUGCCUGUCUGUGCCCGCUGCCUCUGCCCACAGGUUGAGAAGGCCCAGCCUCUGCCCUAUCUAUCCCGGUCAGGAAGCCAGCCCUGCAGGAGGGCUAAAGGGCAGAGCCGCCGGGUGUGUUGUGUCCUGGGAUGCUGCGGUGGUGGAACCUGGCAUCGGCUCGAUGCCAGGAAAAUCCUCAGGUGACGUCUGGCCACAGGCUGCGUCACGUCUUCCUUGGCUUUCUUUCCAUCCACCACUUUUUAAACAAAUCUACACAAGCUGUGUUUUCUAUGAUACCUAUCUGUGACUUUCUGGAGCUAGGGGUCCCCUGACCUCCUUUACCUGGUGUUAAACUUUUCUUUUUCUACCAAUGGAUCUGGGCCCAAGACACUACCAACACUGGAAGGGGAUUUCUAUAAUAAAUGUGUAAACCGAA